AUGAAGACAAAACUUAUGUGAAAGCUUCCUUAAUGAGUACUAGAUAAAAAAUUGGUUCAAAUUAAGGUAUGGAGGGGGCACAUUUUGGUGACACAGGUGAGCUUUGUGGCCCAUGGGCCUCUUCGAAAUUCAUUAAGAAGGAUUUUGCAUGAUGUUUUCAAAAUAUUACUGCUUUAAUUUUUUAAUCAUUAUUAGUUUAGUAUUGUACAAGCAGUUAUGCAAUAUAGAUCUCCAUAAAUAAAGUCUUAACUUUUUAAGAAUUGAAUUAAAUUUGUUAAGUAAGUUUUAUUGAAUUAUGUACUAUAGAUUGCUAUCCAACCUUAUUCAGAUUUCAUGUGGAUGCCUUUUUAGCUUUAUUGAAAUGUACAAAAAUACAUUGCACUCAAGAGUCUCGCUCAAACUUUUAAAACUUGAGGUAUUGAUAUAUUUCAGAUAUGGUCAUACAAAUAUAGAAGAAACUAUCAAGGAUAAAGAUGUAGAGUUGGAGGACAGCAGAAAAUCUAGUGUGUGUUCUGUUUCAAGAAAACCAAUGCGAAAAAUACACUGCACAAAAUAUAAGCAGAGCAUAAGUACUAUGAAAAAUGACAAUAUUGAACCUUCAGAAGAGAUCAACUGGGUUAGCAAAUGCACAGGAGCAAAUGAUGAUGCAACUUGUUCUUCUGAAAUUAAUACAGAUUUCAUCUCAAGAAAUGUAAACAGCAUUGUGAAAACUGUUAGAGACAUUAUGAACUGCAGCUUAACCAAAUGUGAUGAGGUUGAACAUAAGCGGCAUCAUCAAUUCAUGAACAACCCUGAAAAGGUUUACAGGGACAAUUUUGUAAAAUAUUGUUUUGGAGCCAAUUAUAUUCAACCCGAGGAAUUAGAAUACCUUCAACAUUUUCUUUAUGAAAUGAUGUGCACCAGCAAAUUUUUACCAGGAUCUAUUUUCUCCCGUUACUCCACAUUUGUUGACUGCAAAAAUGAACAACUCGAGCAAAUCUUUAUUGCUUAUCCUUUAAUGGGACAUCAGUACUUAAAAUUUGUUGUUCUGAAAGAGGCCAUGAUACACUUAGUUUGCAUAAGCACUGGACUCCCUUAUGAAGAGGCAAAUGAAAGAUGCAUUAAAACAGAAAUGUCUGUAGCUGAAUCUAGAGGUGGCGCUAACUGAAAUUCAAGGAAGUUAUGGAUAUUUUUUUCGAUUUUGAGGGGAUGUUAUUUUCCAGAGAAUAUCUUAAAAACAGUCUACAGAUUUUAUUCAAACUUUGUAUAUAUAGUAUGUGUAUAACUAAGUUGUGCACCUGUAAUUUUUAUUGAGAUAAUUUAACAUUAAAGGAAGUUAUGGAUA